AUGACGGUUUUCGUGGAGAUUUGGAUUCAAGCAAUCACGUCCAUUGAUGAGCUUACCAACGAUUUCGAAAUGGACAUUUAUAUCACUGAAAAGUGGCUCGAUCCUGCGUUGAAUUUCCAGCGUAUGUCACCAUGCAAAGGAAAUCUCUCACUGAAUCAUCAGGUGCUCGACCGUUUAUGGACACCAAACAGUUGUUUUAUCAAUAGUAAAGUUGCUCAAAUACAUGAUUCACCUUUCAGAAGUGUUUUUCUUAUGUUAUUUCCAAAUGGUACCGUAAUGGUCAACUAUCGUGUACGGGUUAAAGGACCAUGCUCAUUGGAACUUAGCAAUUUUCCAUUAGAUCUUCAAACAUGCGGAUUAAUCUACGAGAGUUUCAACUACAACAAUCAAGAGGUUCGUAUGCGAUGGUCAACGAUAGACGAGCCAGUCCAGCCGAUGGCUCAAAUCGUCCUGCCAGACUUUGACCUCUUCAAAAUCAAAGCCGUUCGAAAAGAAGAGCCAUAUCCAGCUGGAAUGUGGGACGAAUUACAUGUGAUGAUUAUGUUUGAACGACGAUUUGUAUGGUAUUUCAUGCAGGCUUAUUUGCCAACAUAUCUCACUAUUUUUAUUAGCUGGAUAUCAUUCGCGUUGGGACCUCGAGCCAUUCCGGCACGUACCAUGCUUGGGGUCAACGCCCUGCUUGCGAUGAUCUUUCAGUUCGGAAAUAUCAUGCGAAAUCUGCCAAGAGUGUCCUAUAUAAAAAGCCAUAGGGUUAAAGAGAUCUUUUUCGUGGUAAAAGCUUGA